GUGUGUGUGAGGGGAGAAGGAGGGGUUUGGCUUUAGUGUGAUUUGAAUGGGCGUGAGAGAGAGCGUGAGGGACUGAGCAAAUCAACCUGCCUCUUUUGACUGAACAACGGGAUGGAAGAGCUGCGCUCCUAGCCACACUGAUCAGAGAGGAGUUUUAUUUUUGGAGAGGGGAAGAAGGGAGCAGACAAGGGGAACCGAAGAGGGAGAAGAAGGAGAAAAGGCAUCAGCGUGGGGAUAGAUAGCAGAAAAAUGCUGUCAUGGGGAGAGGGGGGAGGGAGGCUACAGAAAGGAACAGAAUGAGACCAGGCAGGGUGGAGCGGAGCUGAGAUGUGGAGGUGUCCAGUGGAAGAGACCAAAGAGAAGCAAGCAGGUGCUGAGGGGUGGGAGCUGAUGGAUGACAGAUCAGAGAGGCCAACACACACGCGAAUCCUCCCCAACCCAGAGGACAGAGAGCUGGACCAAACCAGCUGGACCAAACCACAACUGGACCAAACCACAACUGGACCAAACCACGACUGGACCAAACCACGACUGGACCAAACCACGACUGGACCAAACCACGACUGGACCACACCACAACUGAGGCACAGCAGUAUAGUAGUCAUCUGCAAAGCCACAGCUGGAGGAUGUCCUAAAGGAACUUGGAAUGGGUGUAUGUUUUCCAGACCUAAAACAUAUCAUUGUAUCUGAUACAAUAGUCAUCUAAUAGUCCUUUGCAUUUUGUUAUUGAAUGUGGAGGAAGACCACGUGUAGUACCUUUACUCAUCAGACACAGUGAGGAGAGAUACUUGGAGUCAGAGUCUGAGGCACCAUGCAGUCUGACGACCUCUUCCUACGCAAGUUUUGCCGGCAGAGGCCACGACCCCCUCUGACAACGGUCAACUUUGACUCUAAGCGGGAGGGUGGGGUAAGGGCGCGGGUGGUGGCAGGGGAGUGGCCCCCGAGGAGGGAUGGAACAGAUGGGGAGAGUCUUACUACUCCGAGCUGUGUGGGUCUGAACCUGAGGUCAGUGGGCCGAGGACACAUCAUGCAGAGAAGCAACAGUGAUGUGACGCUGGGAGACCUGGACUCCUCUGGUAAGGCGGGAGGGAAGGCCACACGGGCGGUGGGGGAGAAGGCAGGUGCCGGGGCCCAGGAGGACUCAGGGGUGGUGCUGCACAGGGAGUAUGGCAGCCUCUCCUCACUGGAGAGACAGAUAGGUCUGUCAGGAACCCAGGAGCCGAGUGCAGAGGACCAAGGCAUUCUGAGCCCUAACGCCCUCCGCUUCAAAGACCCCUUUCUGCUGCUGGGCCUGCAGGGAACCCCCCCAGAGCCAGACGGCUUCUUCAGGGCUCUGUCCACCCCCGCAGGAGACACUCCAAAACCAGCCAAGCCCCCAAAGCCUGAGGGGCUGAGCAAGAAGGCCAAGCCCUCUCCUCCACAGAUCCCCCAACCAGGUCCUUAUGACAACCUGGGGGGAGGAGCCUGGGUCAGGAAUUUUGCCCACUAUGAUGUCCAGAGCAUUUUGUUUGACCUCACAGAGGCGGCCAGCAACCGAGACAGCAUCGGCCGCAAAAAGAACAUCACCUCAGGGGCAUCGGCUGCCUCGACGAUGCGUCCCCUCACCCAGGCCACGCCCUCCUCGCCCUCGCAGGGCGGGGGCGGUGUUGGGGGGACUGUGGAGGACCCCUCCCUGGACGAGGGAGAUGGCAACGACAACGAGCUGCUGCUCAGCUGCCCCCACUUCCGUAACGAGAUGGGGGGUGAGGAGCGGGCGGGCCUGGGGCAUACGCAGGGCAGAGGGGGUCUGUGGCUGAGCCUGAGGAACCCCAACGAUGCUGUCUCAGUACUGGAGGAACCCAGAGAGAGCCACGUCCAACAGCAGGGCAAGAGCAACUACUUCAUAGAACACGCAGACCUGGGAGCCCACUACUACCGCAAAUACUUCUACAUGAAAGAUCAUCAGAACUUCUUUGGCAUGGAUGACCGCCUUGGUCCAGUGGCCAUCAGCUUCCGUAGAGAGGAGAAGGAGGGGUCUAGUGGAGCUCAGUAUAACUACAGGAUCAUCUUCAGAACCACUGAGCUGAAGACUCUGCGAGGCUCCAUCCUGGAGGAGUCCGUGCCCUCAGCGGCCCGCCACACCACCCCCCGAGGCCUGUCUCCUAAGAGGCUCCUGGAGUUCAUCAUCCCGGAGCUCAACCUCCACUGCCUGCGCCUGGCCUCCACCUCACCCAAGGUCCGAGACACCCUGCUCAAGCUGGACGAACAAGGGCUGAACUUCCAGAGGAAGGUGGGGGUGAUGUACUGCCGUGCAGGCCAGAGCUCUGAGGAGGACAUGUAUAACAACGAGAGCUCGGGGCCGGCCUUCGAGGAGUUCCUGGAUCUGCUGGGGGAGCGGGUGAAUCUGAAAGGCUGGGAGAAGUACCGAGCUCAGUUGGACACCAAGACGGACUCCACGGGGACCCAGUCCCUCUACACACACUACCAGGACUAUGAGGUGAUGUUCCAUGUGUCCACCAUGCUGCCCUACACGGCCAACAACACACAACAGUUGCUGAGAAAGAGGCACAUUGGGAAUGACAUAGUGACCAUAGUGUUCCAGGAGCCAGGGGCACUGCCCUUCACUCCUAAGGCCAUCCGCUCCCAUUUCCAACACGUCUUCAUCAUCGUCCAGGUGGAACAGUCCUGCUCUGACCACACCUACUACAGGGUGGCGGUGACACGCUCCAAAGACAUCCCGUUAUUUGGGCCUCUGUUCCCUAAGGGUGCUCGAUUCCCUCGUUCCCCUGCCUUCAGAGACUUCCUGCUGGCCAAGGCGGUGAACGCUGAGAACGCUGCAGAGAAGGCGGAGAAGUUCCGCUCCAUGGCCACGCGGACACGACAGGAGUACCUGAAGGACCUGGCAGAGAACUACGUAACCACCACGCCAAUCGACUCCUCCACCAAGUUCCCCCUACUGUCCCUGGGGAGCAAACGCAAAGACAAACUGAAGGGGGCCAAGGGGGCAGAGCUGCACAGUGCUGGGGCGUUGGUCUGGGCUGUGAUGGCCACCAGUGGGAAUGAGGGGGAGACAGGAGGACACAAGCUGCCCUGUCUACUGGGGGUCUCAGCUGAAUCAGUGGUGCUGAUCGAGAGAUACACACGGAGGGUGGUGUUCAACUGCUGCUGCCGCGAUGUGAUUGGCUGGAAGGCGGUGAUAGACAGCAGGGCCAUAGGCGGGCCUUGCCUGGAUAUCUUCUAUGAGAGGGGGGAGGCUGUGUCAAUCAGUGUGAUGGACAGCCAGGCGGAGGAGAUACGGGAGAUGGUGCAGAGACUGGAGUUGGUGACGCGGGGGUGCGAGGCACGGGAGGUGACCCCCCUGCGUGAUGGGGUGGGCCAGCCAGGCUUCCUGAUGAGCGAGGAGGGCUUUGUGACGGAUCUGCAGCGGUUCGGCUAUGCGGAGAGCGGGGGUCUGCAGCUGGGGGCGCGGGUGGUGCGUCUGUGUGGCCACGUUCUGGUGCACCUAGGACCAGAGGAGAGAACCAGACUGCUUCGCACCGCCCACAAGAUCCACAUCACCGUCAUCCCUCCAGAUGAGAACGGCAAGCCCCGCAGGAGUUUCUCAGAGUUAUACCAGAAAGCCAUCCAGGAUGCAGAGCGUAAGCCUGGGGAGGGCCAGUCUGGAGAGGCCUGGGUGCUGGACGAGAGGGAGGAGGAGGAAGAGGAGGAGAUGGAGGAAGAGGAGCGGGAACAGGGAGAGGGGAAGGAGGCGGAAACGAUGGAGGGACCAGCAGAGGGAGGAGAGGCUGAGGACAGGCUGUCAGAGACUGGACUGGGUGAGGAGGACCAGGGGGACCAGGGGGACCAGGGCUCCCUCCUCUCCCCACCCAGCCUGCCUCUGUUACGGGCCACCUCCCUGCAGGACCACCCACUCAACCAGACCGUGGAGAUCACCCCCUCCCAGCUAACACGCAGCUACUCCCUAGAGAGGCACCCGUCCUGCCGAGACAUAUGUGACAGGCAUUUGUAUGACAACGUGGGUGUGAAGUUGAAACAUCACAUCUAUGAGAACCCAGGGGAGCUGAGAGAUGCCACGCCGGACCUCAUCCUGGCUGUCAAACCCAAGAUGCCCCUGGAUGAGGAACAGUUUGUGGGGGCUGAGUUGGGUGAGGAGAGGCCAUCAGCGAGUGACCCCUCCCUGUCCUCCACCCGGUUGUCAUGUCUGAACAGAGCGGAGAGAAACUCCCGAGCUCUGAGCCUACACAACUCCAUCACCAAGAUCCUGUCGGAGACCACAGAUUCCUCAGAGGAGGAGUGGCAGUCUAUAGCUGACCUAGCCACAGCAUGCCGCAGCAUCCUAGAAGCCUUGUCACGUGAAGUGAUGUGUCAUAUUUCACAACGUAAAGCAGGAGAUGGGACCCAAGGAGCAGACUCCCUGACAGAUGGCAAGCUAAAGGACAUGAAGGACAGUGACUCACCGGGCCACCUGGAGGAGAAGGUGUCCCAGCUGGAGGACAUGCUGAAGAGGCUGCAGGAUGACCUGCAAAAGCCAUGGUGGUCUGACAGACGGGUGUUGUUGUGUGCCGCUCCCUGGCAGGAGAAGGAGGACAAGGCGGUGCUGCAGGCCGAGGUGCAGAGCCUCAGGCAGAAUAACCAGCGGCUGCAGGAGGAAUCCCAGAGUACCGUGGCCCGCCUCAUCAAAGUCACCGAGCUGCUGUGCAAUGUCAACAAGCCCUGCUAGCUCUGUCACAGUACACACUAUGUGUACAGACACACAAACACACACACAAUAUCACACACACACACAAGAUCACACACAAACAAACACACACACAAACAAAUGCAGACAAACAAGAUCAUAAACACAUGCUGGACACACCACAUUCAAUAUUGUAUACAAACACCCAUGCACAAUACAUCAACAUACUCUUACUGUUGCUCACUGUAUAUUAAUACAGACACACACACACACAUGCACAAUACUCUGCAUUCUGUAGAAUGACAUUUGAACUCUGGACCAGCCCAUGAGUGUCGAACCAACUGAAAAACAACCCUGAGUCAUUUCUCACCAUCUGAUGGUCUUCUCAAUAGCUUGACCAGUUGUGCCGCAUAUCCAGGGUUGCUCUUUACCCAAUAGUGUGUUUCUUUGUACCGUGAGUGUGUGCGUGCGUGCAUCACCAUGGUUAUUUUAUCUUGCUUCACAUACUUGACAAGUUGGGCAGAAUAGCAAUUGCUUAAAGCUACCCAGUUGAUUUAGAUGAAGAGACACAUGCAGCAUGUUUGAUGGCUGUUGAUUUCUAUUGACCCCAAGUGUGUGUACAGUAUGUAAACAGUAGUCUCUCUCCUCUCUGCUCAACCCUCUCCAUGAUAUGCAACGUCUCGGACUGAGAACAAACAGCGCAGCUGUGCACCAUUAGAGUAGAGGGCCUUGGAGCUACAUAGGGAAAAUGACAUGCAUGCAGGCAGCCUGCUUGAAAAGACGGACUGAUGCAUACUGACCCUGCCUCUCUCUGCCAACCUGCUCACAGAAUGGUUAGUUCAUUGUGUAGAGACACUAUUCUCUCCCCUCCAUACCGCCUCAGCUUCAUUUGAAGGGUUGUGGACACGAGUCGGCCAGUAACAGAGUAUUUCACAUCUGCUUUCAGGGAAUGAGAUGCAAUUUAGUUAUAAGGGAAUUGACUCACCGAAUGGACUCAGAGAGCUGGUGGUGUUCCGUGCAAGUAGUUGAGACGGAUAUGGAAGUGGAUAAUACCUUGGAUGAGGAUGAAACAAUGGAACUUUAUCCCUUAAAGACUGGCUGUAGAAGCUACACUGUAGAAAGUACGCCUCCUGCUGGACUGAGCCAUGCGCUGCCGCACGGCAGCUCUCCUUUCAAAGAAACAAACAUUGUAGAGAUUUAAUGUAAACUGAACAGGAUUCCUCUAGUGAACACAGCCAUCUGUGUUCAAUUAUAUUUUGUGUUUGUUUGUUUGCUGGCUACAAUGAUAAUUCAGUGUAUUUGAAAUUCAUUCCGAAAGGUUCUAGAGUGGUUGACUGUGGGUGAGGGAUUCCCUCAUUUCAUCUUUCUGUGUGUGUACCUACUGUAUGUGUUUCUGCGUUGUUUUUGCACUUUUAGCAUAACCUAUAUGGGCAUGGGACAGGGCACUAUUUAACUUCCUGCCCAGGUUUAUGCCUUGCUUGAAAAAUGAAAGUGGAUUUGAUCUCACCCCACCUCAUCUUCAGGUCCACUGCUGAUGAUGCCAAUAACAAUAUGAGAUCAGAGGAGGACGGGAAUAUUCCUCCUCCAAGACUGUUCUGCCAAAAGAUGCCAGGGCAGAUCUCCUACACCCCACUCAGACCACUGGACCCAGCUGUGACACACCCAAAGUAACUAGACUUCAAAUUUGGAAGGGAUGCCAAACAAUCGUCAAUCACACUGUCUCAAUGCUACUUUUUAAAGACCUACCCUUUUACUUCCUCUUGUGAUUUUAUUUUAGAGUUACUGUGAUUGCCCGGUACCAGCAGAUUACCAUAUAUUCGAAUUAAAUAAAACAUCUGAACUUUA